GUAUAAUAAUUUUAAUUAAAAAAUAAUGAGUUAAGAGACAUUGAAUGGAAUAAAUGGAAUUCUUACAGAUGUUUAAAGUUUUGGAUAAGAAAGUUAUAGAUUUAUUAGAAAAUGCACUAAACCAGAUAAAAGAGGUAAGUUAUUGAUAUAAAAUAAUAGAAUACAUAAAAAUUGCAACAUCAUGUGCAAUUGGAUUUGUAGUUAUGGGAGCAGUGGGUUAUUUCAUAAAAUUAGUAUUCAUUCCUAUUAAUAAUAUCAUCCUAAGUGCAAAUUGAUUUAUUUUGUUUAUUUAACAUAAUAAUAUAGAAAUUAU